GACCCUCAGAUUCCAAACCACUGUCAACAUUUGGCCGUCCAGAGGCGCAGCAUACUAGGACCGGUGGCGCUGCGCAAGAAAAGAAAACGAGACCAGAGGCGCUGGUUUGUAAAAAACGUGCAAGGUGAUUGGGCCUGAGGUUGUGUGUAGAUAAGCGAUCCACUAGGACCAGUAAGUUCGGGCCGGACUAAUUUCAAUUGUUUUUGGGGGGUAUGUGGCAAAUUCUACGGAGUUUAUCAGAUUUUACUUCUUCUCCGACAUCGCCGCCUUCAGGCGGCUUCAACUCGCCGUCCUCCGCCGUAGGCGAAUUUCUAUGUAUUAGGAAGAUCUUCAGCUAAUGUAAAAUCUGAGGGACUAAGCAAUGCUAUUUCGAGAAGAUGGUACCUAUUAGGAAACUGAGCCACCUGAGUGCAAAAUUCGCUUUUGGUUCACUUAGUUUGGUUCUUGGUAAUUCUAGUGGUAAACUUUAUGGAUGCCAGAAUCAUGGUGAUUGGCAAUUAAAGCUUGUUAAUCGGUUAGUUGGGUUGUCAUUAAUCAACGUAAAUAAACAGCAUAAUGUGGUUAAGUUUCAGCAUUUGUUAUCUCAAAACUUGCAAUCCUUUUCGACUAUGGGUGGGACUAUCCUUGUCCAGGCUCAAGACCUUGGUAAAAUGAGUGAGGAGUUAGAACGUGCAAUUGAUGAACGUAGGUUUGUUGAUUCUUGGGAGUUGCUGGAAAGACAUAUCUGGAUGGCUGGGUUUCCUAGAAAAUCAAUUCUGAACAAACUUCUAGCAGCCUGCGUGGAGAGUUUAGAAGUUGAAUGGCUUGAGAAGGCUCAUGGCUUGGUUGAGCAAAUCUUUGAGGAGGACAAGAAUAGUUUAUUGGAGAAAGAGAGUUUGUUGUACCUUGCUUUGGGACUUUCGAAGUGUGGAUUGCCUAUUCCAGCAUCUACUCUGGUCAGGAAGCUUGUUGAGAUGGAGCAUUUUCCACCAGUGGGUGCCUGGUCUGCAAUCAUUGGUUAUAUGUCACAAACUGCUGCUGGAGCUUAUCUUGCGGUUGAACUGGUUCUUGAAAUAGGUUAUUUGUUUCAAGAUGGGAGAGUUGACCCUCGUAAAAAGAUUAAUGCACCUCUGAUUGCUAUGAAGCCUAAUAUUACUUCAUUUAACAUAGCGGUAGCUGGAUGUCUUCUUUUUGGCACAACCAGAAAAGCGGAGCAGCUUCUUGACAUGAUGCCUCGAAUCAAUGUGAAAGCUGACACAACCUUAUUGAUUAUCAUGGCUCAUAUUUAUGAGAAAAAUGGACGGUUGGAUGAGCUAAAGAAGCUCAAGCGACACAUUGAUGAGGCGCAUAACCUAACUGAUAUCCAGUUUCGACAGUUCUAUAAUUGUCUACUUGCAUGUCAUUUGAGUUUUGGAGAUCUUGAAUCUGCAUCCCACAUGGUCCUAGAAAUGCUUCGCAAGGCAAAGAGAGCUCAAAAUUCUCUUGGUGUGGCUUCUUUAUUGUUUGACAGCUCUAAAAGUUGCAGGAAUUCAUCAAACCCUAUGCAUGUAUCUGGGGGAGAUUUAACUAAUGGAAAUCGAGACAAAUCAGAAAAGAUCUUAUCUUAUCAAGAUUUCUGUAGAGACAGGAGGUUUUUAAAACUUCAGGCUGACACGGAAGAAUUACUUGAUUUGUUGGUGGUCAAGUUGCAAAACCAAAAAGAAUUGAUAACUAGUGAGCGUGGAAUUCUCCAGCCAACAGAAACAAUAUAUGUGAAAUUAGUAAAGGCUUUCCUCGAUGCUGGCAGGAUUCAGGAUCUGGUGAACUUCCUAAUCAAGGCUGAGAAAGAAGAUUCCCCAGUUUCAGUUGACAAUUCAGUCUUGGUUCAAGUGAUCAACUCGUGCAUUUCACUUGGGUGGUUAGAUCAGGCUCAUGAUCUUCUUGAUGAAAUGCGCUUGGCCGGUGUUAAGACUGGUUCUUCAGUUUAUUCUUCUCUUCUGAAAGCAUACUGCAAAGAAAAAAAGACAGGAGAGGUUUCAUCACUGCUUCGAGAUGCUCGUAGAGCUGGGGUCCAACUAGAUGCAAGCUGUUAUGACGUACUGAUUGAAUCACAGGUGCUUCAAAAAGAUACUCAAUCAGCCCUUCAAUUGUUCAGGGAGAUGAAAGAAGCUAAAAUUCCAAGAACUGGUCAUCAAGAAUUUGAGAGUUUGGUUAAAGGAUGUGCAGAUGGUGGCGAAGCCGGUUUAAUGUCAAAGCUCUUGCAGGAAAUAAAGGAAGGGCAAAAAGUAGAUUAUGGAGUUCAUGACUGGAAUAAUGUCAUUCAUUUUUUCUGCAAAAAGAGGCUGAUGCAAGAUGCUGAAAAGGCUGUUAAGAAAAUGAGGAGUUUGGGGCAUGCGCCAAAUGCACAAACAUUUCAUUCGUUGGUUACUGGCUAUGCUUCUAUUGGUGGACAAUAUGUGGAGGUCGCUGAAUUAUGGGGCCAAAUGAAAUCAAUUGCUCAUUCCAGUGGAAUGAAGUUUGAUCAGGAGCUGUUGGACGCGGUGCUUUAUACAUUCGUGAGAGGUGGGUUCUUCACACGAGCGAAUGAAGUUGUGGAGUUGAUGGAGAAAGAUAACAUGUUUAUCGAUAUGUACAAGUAUCGUGCACUAUUCUUGAAGUACCAUAAAACACUCUACAAAGGCAAGGCUCCAAAAUUCCAAACAGAAUCCCAGCUAAAAAAACGAGAAGCCGCUUUGGCUUUUAAGAGAUGGGUGGGUCUACAUUGAAGAAGCAAUUCUUUCGUGAAUUUCAGAACCCUGGUCACGAUUCUUACAUUCUUCAGGGAUUAUCAAGUGAAAAAUCCUAUACCCAGCCAUGAGAGGAGUAAGAAGAUUUCUGUUAUCAGAUCACCAAGUGGUUAUCAGAUGUCUUCAUCAGUAGAGUGGCAUUUAUGAUGGCACUGCAAUCUCUCCUUCUCAAAGCUCGAAAGAUGAAGAAUUUAGCAAGAACUUAUGCAAGAUCAUUGCCAGUGUUAGUGAACAUCAGCCACCUACAUGGCCCUCUUACUUUAUGGACAUAAACGUAUUGGCAUUUUUGGUUCCUGCUGGUAUUGUUGCAUGUUUUUUUGCCACUUUUGUGGUUCUUUAUCUUGUAACAUCAGUAUAUUUUUAUGGUGUCAUGGUAAGGAUGAUAGAAGAAGUGGUUCUUUAAUUAUGUCAUAUUUAAGCUCAAUAUUCAUGUUUUAUUUUCUCUGCUGAAAGUACAGGUCCAUCUAAUGCUUGUUACUUGCUCCAGCAGCAUGCAUUAUGUCUGGAAUUGCUCUUUCCCAAGCUUUUGAUGUUUUGACUCGAUCAAUCAAAUUCCCUUCACCUAAUAAUGCAUCAGAAUAUCCACAAAUCAAUGCAGGGGAUGCCACCAAUGCUGACUCGAAGAGUGAUGUAGUGAAGGCCGUUCUGAAUGGGUAGAUUGUGUAUCAAGUUAUAUACAAUAGGUAUGCUUUUGAACAUUUAGAUUUGGUGAUUGAAAUUGUUCAUUGAAGUAUUUAGAUUUGGUGAUUAGUUCUUGUGUAUUUUGUACAUUGUGAACAUUGUGUAUCUAGAUUUGGUGAUGGUGUUUGGAUAACAUUUAGACUUGGUGAUUGGAAUUGUUUAUUGGAGUA